AUGGAUUCACCAGGUGGCCCAUAUCUGAACAUGAAGGCACUCCUCUCACCUCUGGGCGCUGCCCGCUUUUGCCAGCUAGCAAUGGGUUGUUCCGUCAUCGCCAUGGUGAUCCACAGUGCGGGCUAUAGCGGUUCGCAUGGGAUCUUCUGCAUGGCCGUGUGGUGCUUCUGCUUUGCCAUGUCGGUGGUGGUCUUCUUCUUGGAUGCCACUCGUCUCUAUAGCUGCCUGCCCAUAUCCUGGGACAACCUCACCGUCACGUGUGCUGCCUUUGCCACGCUUGUGUAUGUGACAGCCUCCGUGGUCUACCCACUCUUCUUCGUCCGAGCAGAGUGUCCCUACGCCGGCUGUGACGUCCGAAAUUUUCGCAUCGCUGUCACCGUUUGCUCCAUCCUGGGGACUCUGGCCUACGGGGCCGAAGUGGCCCUGUGCCGAGCCAGACCGGGCCAAGCCGUAGUGGGCUACAUGGCCACGGUCUCCGGUCUUCUCAAAGUGGUCCAAGGCUUUGUGGCCUGCAUUAUCUUUGGCGCUCUGGCAAACGGGAGCCAGUAUACCCUCUACGCUGCCACCAUCUACUGCGUGGUAGUCUACGGUUUCUGCUUUACUCUGACUGCACUGGUGGUCAUUAUGACUGUGUGCGGGCGCACCAAGACCGUGCGCUGCAUGCCCUUUGAUCGCUUUGUGGUGGUGUGUACACUGCUGGAGGUGCUGCUCUACCUGAGCGCUUCAGUGGUGUGGCCUGUGUUCUGCUUUGACACCAAAUACGGAUCACCUUGGCGACCGUACUCGUGUCCUCAAGGGAAGUGUCCGUGGGACAGCAAAGUCGUGGUGGCAGUUUUCUCCUUUGUCAACUUUGUGCUUUAUAUGGCGGACCUUAUCUACUCCCAAAGGAUACGAUUUGUCUCUUCUCAUCUGUCUAACACCCCACGGCGGCCGUAA